CAAGUUUGGGUCAACAAUUACAUUUUCUUGUGAUGAAGGAUAUCGACUUAUUGGUGACUCAUCUGCUACAUGUGUUCUCUCAGAUAAUAUGGUAAUCUGGGAUAAGGACAUACCUUUUUGUGAAUCUAUUCCUUGUAAGCCACCCCCAUCCAUCUCCAAUGGGGACUUUUACAGCAGCAGUAGAGAGAGCUAUCACUAUGGAAUGGUGGUGAUUUAUAAGUGCCAUGUUGGAAAGAAUGGGGAAAAGCUGUUUGACCUUGUGGGUGAGAAGUCAAUAUUUUGCACCAGCAGAGACAAUCAAGUUGGCAUCUGGAGCAGCUCUCCCCCUCAGUGUAUUACUGAAGUCAAAUGCCCGUUUCCAGAAGUUGAAAAUGGAGUUAUGGAAUCUGGAUUUAGACGUUCCUUUUCUUUAAAUGACACUGUGAUGUUUAAGUGUAAACCUGGUUUUAUCAUGAAAGGCAGCAGCCAAACAUGGUGCCAAUCAAACAGCACAUGGAAUCCUCCACUGCCAAGGUGCUUCAUGGGGUGUCUACCACCUCAACGUAUGAAUCACAGUGAUUAUAAUGACAGGGAUAAGGAAUUCUUUCCAAUUGGACAGGAAGUGUCCUACAGCUGUGACCCUGGCUACACUCUCACUGGAACUAAUCCCGUGCAAUGUGUAUCCUCGGAAACCUGGAGCCACCCAGCUCCCAAAUGUGAAGUGAAAUCAUGUGAUGCCAUUCCAAACCAACUUCUCAAUGGCCGCAUCGUACCUCCUCCUAAUCUCCAGCUUGGGGCAAAGGUUUCCUUUAUUUGUGAUGAGGGGUUCCGGUUAAAUGGCAAAUCUUCUAGUCAAUGUGUCCUAGAAGGAAUGACAGUACUCUGGAAUAAUAAGUUUCCUGUCUGUGAAUGGAUUUCUUGUGGUCCUCCUCCUCGUAUCACACACGGUCGGACAAGCAGUUCUGCUGGGACCAUAACUAUUGGCACUGUGGUAAAGUAUACAUGUUUGAAAACCCACCGCCUCAUUGGAGACAGAGUUAUUUUUUGUAUAACUAAAGACAAUGUGAAUGGAAUCUGGGAUAAAGCUGCUCCCAUAUGUGAAUAUCACAAUAAAGAUUCUACUUGCUCUGAGCCCAUGGUACCAGGGGGAUACAGAAAUAAAGAAUCUAAACCACCAUAUAGACAUGGUGAUUCUGUGACAUUUACCUGUUAUACCAACUUCACCAUGAAAGGAAACAAAACAGUUUGGUGCCAAGCAAAUACAACGUGGGGACCGACACCACUGCCGAUCUGUGAGAGUGAUUUCCCCUUGGAGUGUCCACCGCUUCCCAUGAUCUCCAAUGGAUAUCACACAGGGGAGGAUGUAGGCCCUAUUGCUCCAGGAUCAUCUGUGACUUACAGCUGUGAACCUGGUUAUUUGCUUUUUGGAGCAAAAACCAUUAGCUGUUUGUCUUCAGGAGCCUGGAGUGCUGUCUCUCCCACAUGCAAAGAGGCACGAUGUGAACCUCCAGGACGAUUUUCCAAUGGGCAGGUAGAGAGGCCUUCAAGUCUUCGGGUUGGCGUAACUGUCAACUUCUCCUGUAACGAAGGGUUUCGGUUACGAGGCCAGCCGUCUAGUCAGUGUGUAAUUGCUGGCCAGCGCGCUGUUUGGACCAGGACGCCAGUAUGUGAUGAAAUUCUUUGCUCACCACCUCCUCCUAUCAGCAAUGGACGCCAUACAGGCUUUUCUUUAAGGAACAUGGCAUAUGGAAGCACUGUCACUUACACUUGUGACCCUGGCCCAGAAGAAGGAGUGAACUUCAUCCUUAUUGGGGAGAGCACCCUCCGUUGCAUAAGCAAUCAUCAGAAGACUGGAAGCUGGAAUGGUUCUGCACCACGCUGUGAACUCUCUACUUCUAUGGUUCAGUGCCCACAGCCCCGAAUCCGAAAUGGAUAUAAAUUAUCUGUGCAGAAGGAUCAAUACUCUUACAACGACACUGUGGUAUUUGCUUGCCAGUUUGGUUUCACCUUAAAGGGCAGCAGGCAAAUCCGAUGCACUAUCCGAGGCACGUGGGAUCCAUCAGCACCAGUCUGUGAAAAGGCAUGCCAGGCCCCUCCUAAAAUCCACAAUGGCCAAUACGAAGAUAGACACCUCAUUCGCUUUGACCCUGGAACAUCCAUAAAAUACAGCUGUGAUCCUGGCUAUGUGUUGGUGGGAGAAGAAUCUGUACACUGUACCUCUGAAGGGGUGUGGGAGCCCACAGUCCCCCAGUGCAAAGUCGCAGAGUGUAAACCUAUAGGAGAGCAACUCUUUAAAAAACCCCUGGAUCAAUUUGUUAGACCAGAUGUUAUCUCUUCUUGUGAUGAAGGGUACCAGUUAGAUGGGAGUGUUUAUCAGCUGUGUCAAGACACAGUUCCUUGGGUUAUGGAGAUACGUCUUUGUAAAGAAAUCACCUGCCCACCUCCUCCUAGUAUCUUCAAUGGGAAACACACUGGGAGUUCCUCAGAGGAUGUUACAUAUGGAACCACAGUCACUUAUACAUGUAACCCCGGGCCAGAGAGAGGAGUGAGAUUCAACCUCAUUGGGGAGAGCACCAUCCGUUGUCUAAGCAAUGAUCAAGAGCGGGGCGUCUGGAGUGGCCCUGCUCCUCUCUGUGAACUUUCCCUCCCUGCUGUUCAGUGCUCACAUGCCCACAUCAUAAAUGGAUACAAGAUAUCUGGCAAGGAAGCCCCAUACUUCUACAAUGACACUGUGACAUUCAAGUGUAAUAAUGGAUUUACUUUGAAGGGCAGCAGUCAAAUUCGUUGCAAAGCCAAUAACACUUGGGAACCUGAAGUACCAGUUUGUGAAAAAGAUUGCCAGCCACCUUCUGUGAUCCACCAUGGUCAACACACAGGUGGGAGUAGGGUGCUCUUUGUCUCUGGAAUGACUGUUGUCUACACCUGCGACCCUGGCUACUUGCUUGUGGGAAACAAAUCCGUUCAGUGUAUGCCUUCAGGAAUUUGGAGACCUUCUGCCCCUUGGUGUGAAGCAUCAUGUAAACCUGUGAGAGAACAACAUAAAGAGCUUCCACUUGACACUGCGGUACCAUUUAAUACGUCCUGUAAAGAUGGGUACCAGUUGACUGGACAUGCUUAUGAGGAGUGUCGAGAUGCUGACAAGGGGGUUUGGUUCCGGAAGAUUCCACUUUGUAAGGUUAUUCAGUGCCCACCUCCACCAAAGAUUCCCAAUGGAAGUCACACACACGUGAUGGCCAGACACUUUCUAUAUGGAAAUGAAGUUUCUUAUGAAUGUGACCAAGGAUUUGAUCUUAUGGGAGAGAAAAAUAUACGGUGCAUAAGUGAUGCCAAAGGACAUGGAUCUUGGAGUGGACAUCCCCCAGAGUGCUUCCAACCUCCUCCUGUGACUCACUGCCCUAACCCAGAAGUCAAACAUGGAUUCAAGCUGAAUGAAACUCAUUCUUCAUACCCCCACAAUGCCAUCAUACAUGUCGCUUGCAAUUCCGGCUUCAUCAUGAAUGGCAGUCACUUGAUAAGAUGUCAUACCAAUAAUACAUGGGUUCCAGGUGUACCAACUUGUAUCAGAAGGGCUGUCUUAGGGUGUCAGCUUCCACAUAAGAUCCCCAAUGGGCAUCACAGUGGUGAACACAUUGCUCGAUUUUCCCCUGGAAUGUCGAUCCUGUACAGCUGUAACCAAGGCUACCUGCUGGAGGGAGAGGCCCGUCUCCUUUGCACCCAUGAGGGAACCUGGAGCCCAUCUGCUCCUUAUUGUAAAGAGGUAAACUGUAGCUCCCCCGAGUCUAUGAAUGGAAUCCAGAAGGGGCUGGAGCCUGGGAAAAUGUAUCAGUAUGGAGCUACUGUCACCUUGGAGUGUGAAGAUGGGUAUACUCUGGAAGGAAGUCCCCAGAGCCAGUGCCAGGAGGAUCAACGAUGGAGCCCUCCCCUGGCUGUCUGCAAAUCCCGCCCAGUUACUCUUCUUCUUGCUGGUAUAUCUGCAGGUUCAGUAUUUCUUAUCCUCUUGGUUAUUGUCACUUUAUGGAUGCUAUUAAAAUCCAAAGAACGCAAUUAUUAUACAAACGCAGGCCCUAAAAAAGGAACUUUUCAUCCAGAAACACGAGAAGUAUAUUCUCUUGAUCUAUACGACCCAGCAAGCUAACCAGAAGACAAACCGUGCUUCUUGUUGCUUGGAAUCCAACUGUACAUCAUUGGAAAGAAGCCACUCUCAAAUCAACAAGCCUAUUUAUCUGGCCUCAAAUCACUCAAAUGAUUUCAUAAGCUAUAACUUCCUAUAAGUAUUUACUUGUCCCUUAUUCUCAAGCAGAACAAAGAAAUUUUGCUUGAUCGUAAAGAUGGGAGCCGAGUUUCACUGCCACUUGCUCUUCAAGGACAUUCUGAAGCCUCAUUUGUAAUGUGCCUGGAGCCGGGCUGUGGCUACAAACAACAUGCGGCUCUGAAAGUGACACCUACUUUUAAGGAAGGCGUUAACAGUGCUGUCCUUCUUACCUCUUUCCUCAUACCUAGCCGGCCCCCCUUUUUUGUUAUUUUUACAGCAAACUUACUGUUACCAUAUACUAGAGGAAUUGUUACUCUAGUAAAAUGGUGAUUCUUGUGCCUACUGCUUUGCUUGGGAAGUCUGCCUUUAUUUUAAAUAGUAGCUUCCUUCUGUGACAUGAUUGAACAUUCCCCUUUGAUCCCCUCAUGGUUUGAGUUUUUCUCACAAUAUAUACUUUGUGUUUCCAUGAUCACUCAGUAAUUGCAAUUUGCACAAGUUACCUGUACAAAUUUAUUUUGAAAUUUAUGAGUCAGAACUUUUGGUAUACAGGUCAGGUUUUGGAUGUUUUCUUGCCAGUUUUGUCAGUUUUAGUUGCUUGUAAAAUUUCAUUUAAUAAUGUAUAUAUUAACCAAUCAAAUAAAUUCUAUCCUUAAA